GUCAAAAGUCCUUACCUACCUGUAUUAAAUUUAUUUCAACAUAGAUUAUUUUUAUUUUUUCCACACAAUAUUGCAAUGGGGUAAAUAUAGUUCACAGAUAAUUUCCAUUCUCUUCCAAAAUUUGGCACAACGUUGCAGUGGGGUAAAUAUGUUCUGAAGCAGGCCUCACCGAUCGCGUCACUGCACCGGCCGUCCAAAGCAUACGUUGAUCAGUCGAGUGCCCGCACGCGGCCAGUGAUGACGUGUCGCAAACGUGUUGGUGUCGCGUGGCGCGGGCGGCCGCGCGGCUCGUGACCGUCGCCGGCAUGUAAUGUUCCGGAGACGCGCGCUGCGGCGGCGGCUGGCGUUGGCCGGCGCGGCCUCCGUGUCCGACGACCAGCUGCGAAAGUUGGCCACCAUCCUCGACGCUGGCGGCGGAGACUGCGUGCCGGCCGGGCCCAACACCCAGCUCCAGAUCGCCGUCACUCGCUUCCGAUUCCCUGAACUCCGCGAGCUGACCGAGCUCCGCCGGAUGCCGUGCUGCAAGGAAAGGCAGUGCUGCAACCCUUACCACUGGAGCCGCCUCUGCAAGCCUGAAUCCCCUCCUCCACCAUACAGUCUUUACGCCAUGGACGACAUCAAAUCUAAAGAGCACGAAAGAGAGAAGAGUAAAAAAACUGAGGACGCAAGGAGGACUGACCACGAGCGGCUAGAUGGUGACUCCCUCGCCACUGACGGUGAAGGGCGAUGGACCUGGACGGAAGAAUGGUGUAGGCUAGCAUACUGGGAGUUGACCCAGCGGGUUGGCAGACAAUUCUGUGUUCGGGUGCCUGCUGUCGACGUGUUCGGGGGCAGCGCCCUGGGCAGCGGGCAGGGCGGUUUCUGCCUGGAUGGGCUGGAGCAGAGAAGCGACGCGCCACAAGUGGAACAGGUGCGAAAAACGAGAGCGAAAAUCGGUCUCGGCGUGACUCUCUCACUCGAGAGCGACGGCGUCUGGCUGUACAAUCGCAGCCAAGAACCCGUGUUCGUCAGCUCACCAGCGCUUGAUGCAGCCGCUGCAAAAGCGCUAUUGGUAUGGCGGGUCGCUCCAGGACACUGCUUAUGUGUGUUUGACCCGGACUGCCCGCCGCCAGCGCUGUCGCUGCCCCACAUAGGCCCAGUGGACUCCCGCUCGGUCAGGAUCUCGUUCGCGAAGGGCUGGGGACCAAAAUACUCAAGGCGAGACGUUACGGCAUGCCCCUGCUGGCUAGAGGUGCUACUGGCCCCGAAUAGCUGACGCCAAAACUAACGUUAUAAACUUUGGCCACGCAUUUGAAAAUGGAACAGUGAGUUUCUUUUUUUAAUUUAUCAUAAACAAUUAGUGAAACAAAUGACAAGCACAGUGGAAUUUGGACCAUAUAGUGAAGUGCACAGACUACGAACUACGAUGAGUGUAGACUUUUGACUUUUUUUUUUUAACAUAAACUGGCAUAGGUGUAUGCGUUCUGAUAUAAAUACGGACAUCAAAAUGGCCGUGGAUCUUUCUGUGGAUUAUAAUUUCCAUUACUUAAGUAUUUUUAAUGUUUUAUCAUUGAAUGUGUUGUUUUGGGCGCAUGUAAUGCGUUUUGUGUAACGCAGCGUUAUUGGCUGCGUGUAAUCUCCUAUUGGGGAUAUACGAGUAUGUAAGUACCUUCCUGACAUCAAUAUGUAUGUAUAUUUAUUUACGAUUUAUACCGUUCAGUUAGGACUGUAAAUAUAAAUUUAAAAAAAAACUUGUUGUGUUAUAUAAAAAUUGGGAUUGUUCAGAAAUAUAUGAUCGUUUCUAUAUCUAUAAUGAAUUUUAAUAUAUAAAUUUAAAUCUGACUAGUACAUCAAAUAGCAAGGAAAGUUAUACAUUU